CAGUGCAUACAUAACAGGAAGUGGUUGAAACACUACAUACAAAUGUACUCGUUAUUUGUAAAGGUACAGUCGAAAACAGUAGGUCAGUUAUUUAUAAAGCUGGCCUUUUUGUGUGAAAUGUAGUUCAUGCUAUUGUUUUCAUUUCUUAAAGUUCUUUGUUGCUUAUUUUCUAUGCACAUAAAGCGGUUCAUUCUGUGAGGUUAAUAAAAAACUGGAAAAUGGCGUAUACUGGACCAGUUGAGACGCCCCUGGCGUUUAAUACCAUUUACGAAGUGGAUGAUUUAAUUAAAUUCUUGACAAAAACACAGAUGGACUUGGAUACUCGGUUUGACGUCAUAAGCGGCAUGAUCAAAGGUGUCGAGGUGGACGAACGCGGACAUUUGCGGUUUGAUAAUAUACGAAAAAUGCUUGAAAAUGUUGUGACCCUUUGCGAGGACAUUGCUUUGUCGAUGGGGCUGUUCAGCCACGCGUUGGUGAAGAAAAAGCUCAUUAAAAGGAACACAAGCCUUCCUCAAAUAACAUUAAGGAGAGAUAAGGAUCCGAAGAAAAGAGACAGUGGAAUAGAUUCUGAAAAGGUGUCCGCCAACUGGAGCUAUGCCUCAGAAAUGUCUUUGAUGAAUUCAGAAAAUCGGCUGUCAGUGUUCGAAGAAGAGGGCUCUAAAGCUGCAGCUCAAAUGAAAGUUAGUUUUAAUUUGAUAUCACCAAGUCAGUCAUCAGAUGCCCUACAACAACAAGUAGAAACAGAUGUAAUAUCAUUUCCGGAAGACAGAAACGGAACAUCACUUCCGUCAAAUGAAACAUCACUUCCGUCUAAUGAAACAUCACUUCCAUCUAAUGAAACAUCACUUCCGGUCAAUGAAAAGUCACUUCAGUGCAAUGAAACUUCACUUCUGGUAGACAAAAAGUCAUCUUCAAUAGAUAGAAACAGUAAUCCACUUUCUGCAGAUAAAAAUGAAUUUACUCCCCAUGAAGAUUCAAAUGGAAAUAUGCUUUCCAAUGGUUUAGAUCACAUGUCAGCCAAAGUUGAAAAAGAAAGUAGCAAAGUAUAUGUACAUUUGAUUCCAACUGAUCCUUCAAUAAACCUUUCGGUUUUACGGGAAAAAUUGCUGAAGUUUUCCAAUUCCAUGAUUCCUGAGAAUAUAAAACUGGAACUUGUGACGUCAGACAUAAUCAUCGGCUUAUCUCCACGUCAUCUUUCAUCGUCAUCAGAUAAUCAAAGCAGCUUCGUAAAGAGCGGGUUUAGGACGUCAGACGAACCUCUGAGUGUCCGAGCUAUUAACAACUUGUCGAGGUUUGCUGUUGAAAAUUCAGAAACUUCUGAUGAUGACAACAGGUCAAUUAGAUUGAUCUCAAGUUCAGAUAGUGAGACCAGUAUAAAGCGGUUUCAUUUAAAGCCAGUUAUUGUAAAGAAAUCCGUUGAAACACAAACUGAAGGUUUAACUCGAACUGAUGGAUAAACUCGAUCAGGAGGUUUAAGCCGAACUAAUAGAAGGGUUAACUCGAACUGAUGGUUAAACUCGAACUAAUGGAGCUGAUAGUUAUGUUAACCUCGACAUUUAUAGUAGGGUUUACUCGAACUGGAUGAUAAACUCGAAAUAACAGAGAGAUAAACUCGAACUAAUGGUUAAUUCGAAAUGAUGGUUUAACUCGAAAUGAUGGUUUAUCUCGAACAUGGUUAUACAAUAUUGCUUAUGUUAAAUUGAAAGUGGUUUUGGAUAAACAAUCUCAAAUAUUUUUAAUGCUCAUAAUUUAAUAAAAGUAGAAGAUAAAAAUUGAUAACGCCGAUGAUAUUAAUACGAGGUUGAUUUAAAAUAAAAAAAGACUGAAGAAAAAAAAAACAACACAACAAAAAAAAACACAUUUGUGUCAAAUGAUCAUUGUCUGCAUUGUUCGCUCUUCAGUCAGUACUUAUUUUGAAAUUGUCUCUAAUACGGAUUAAUUGUUAAGUUCGAACCGAAAGUUGGAAAAAUGGACAAAGCAUUUAAGAUAUUUAGCGUAGCAAGUGUUAAAAGAAAGAUAAUUUAAGACGCGGAAGCAAUUUUUCAUUGUUCAUUUCAGCCCGCAAAACAAUUGUUUUAUCUUGGGAUAUUUGUUAUUAUAUAUCAAUCGGAGUUAAACCAAUCUAUUUUUUUUGAAAAGCUGUUGUUAUAUAUAAUCAUUUACUCGUUGAAAUUUAAGAGAUAAAAAUAUGAAAAUAAAAAAAAAAUUGAGCUACUAGGAGUAUAGGGUCUGGUGUAAGUUAGCCUGGCUCUAUACUGGUCGGGCCGCCUCCGUGGUCGAGAGGUUAGAAUCGAUGACUUCUUAUCCAGUUACCUCUCUGGCGUGGGUUCGAUCCCCGGGAGAUGCUUUGGUAGUUAAGCGCGGAGGAAGGUAGUCUAGUACUGGUGUAACUCUCCAGGAACGAUGGUUAGGAAACUACCCGCCUAUAUGACUGAAAUACUGUUGCGAAAAGGCGUAAAAUGAAACUAACAAACAAACAAACAACUAUACUGGUCACUUUCAGUUCGGACAGGUUAUAGGUUUAAUACUGAAAGAAUGCAGAUAUGUUUUUAUAAACAAAAAUUAUGUUUAUUAAUUUUCCAAUUGAAACGAAAAAUGUUUUGAAAAAGACGGGUAUUUUUGGCUUAUAUAUAAACAUAAAUUUAUUUAUUUAUUUAUUUUAAGCUUUUUAUUUCUGGUGUCCUGUAAAAGUUCCCGAAAAUUUUACUGAUUACCUGAACCAUUUGCUUUUGUUCCUUCUUGGAAAUAAUUAAGUACAGUUU